UCGUUUAGCUUUCAGCCAUGAUAGAAAUCAUGAGUGUGGAAUAGUGGUAGGAACUAUUGACCUGCGGCACAAGCGGUUAUUGGCCAUCGAAAUUUUCACAGUACUCCAAUCUAGCCUCAGUUUAUAUAGUGUUAUCUAUCCGAGGGGGAACUCUUCUUCUCCUUCGCCUGCGCUUAGAAGUAGUAAUUUCUCAUAUGGCCUGCAGAGCAAAUGGUCAAUGGAGCAGGACCGAUUAAACCCUUUGCGCGAGAAAGAAAGUAACCCGUCCUCACUCGAUCUGGCCUCGCCAUGUAGUAGCUCGGUCUCUCAAUACUCGCUCGAGAAGAUAUCGGAAGCACUCUUCUCGGUAGAUCACCUGAAAGUCAUAUUCGAUGACUCGUUUUUUUUUCGUCAGAUAUUUGGAGACUUCCUUCACACCCCCCAGCCGAAGUCUGUCCCCCCUCCUGCUGUAUUAUCUAGAUGCAUCGAAGGCAUUGAAAACUUUCAGCCAUGUAGACAGUCUUUAGCUCAAAUCCAAGGGCUAGAGUAUGCCUUGGGUCGAAAUUGCCGUUUUCUCCAGGGACCAUACACCAGCCGGAUCAGUGCUAAAAGAGAAUGAGAAAUUGCAAGAAGGGGAAGAACGCUGCGAAACUAUCUUGAACUACCGGCGUGACAGAUAACUUUUUAUAAACCUUCUCAUAGCUGCGCCUCUAAUUGUCUAGAGGGUGCGAAGAGUUAGAAUCCUUUCUUCUUCAUUUUCUUCCUCCUC